AAAAGAAACCCCGCAGGUACCGCAAUGAUGCUGAUGACCGUGAUUCCCGCCACCGGAGGGCGUCCACGAGCGAUUUAAAAAGCGCACCCGCGGCGGUGGUCGCACCACAGAGCAGCAGCGGCUCGCGCUCGGGACAUGAAAGCUCAACUGAUUACAAAGUAACAAUCGCGGCGCGUCAUCAAAGUCGCGGCGGGAAACAUCAGAGCGUCGCCGCCCGCGGGGCUUUCCCGCGACGCCGCGAGCUCACUGAAGUACAAGCAAAGACAGAAAAGAGGAAUUAAAAGGCGCGUGGUCAUCACGAGGCACUGAUUCGCUUGUUGCCAUGCAAAUAAACGUCGUGUUCACUCGAUAGAGAGCCAGGAAUACAGCUGCUGCUGCUGCAGAGAGUUUCAUCUCAUCCUGUGUGUUUACUGAGACAUGAGAUAAAGACUCGGUCCAUCUGUCCAGUGAGGAUGUUUUCAUUACACAGAGAGAGAGAGCAGCCGUUCUUCAGCACAAGAGCUCAUGUGUUUCAGAUCGAUCCCGCCUCCAAACGCAACUGGAUUCCUGCCAGCAAACAUGCGGUCACUGUCUCGUUUUUUUAUGACGCUAGCAGACACGCCUAUCGCAUCAUCAGUGUGGGCGGGACCAAGGCGAUUAUAAACAGCACCGUCAGUCCCAACAUGACCUUCACUAAGACAUCACAGAAGUUCGGUCAAUGGGCCGACAGCCGAGCCAACACAGUUUAUGGACUCGGGUUUGCCACCGAACAACAGCUGCAUCAGUUUGCAGAGCGUUUUAAGGAGGUUAAAGAAGCAGCGCGUCUGGCCCGAGAGAAGUCGCAGGAUAAGAUGGAGUUGAGCAACGCAGCGCUCAGCAUCGCAGCUCCUCAGGAUCUGUCAGAUGAGUUACAGUCUCCUCCGGCGAUGUGUGUGAAUGGACCGGAGGAUAAACUCUUCAGGAGUCAGAGCGCUGAUAUCACGCUGUCCUCAGAGAAAGAGCGCAUUAAAAAGAUGCUUUCUGAAGGGUCUAUCUGUGAGAUGAAUCUAGAAGCUGAACUCUUCACAUUACAGGACAGUAAUGCUAAACUGGUGGCAGCACUGCAUGAGGCGAACACUAAUGUAGACCAAUGGAAGAAACAACUGGCAGCGUAUCAGGAGGAGACGGACAGAUUAAGAGAUCAGGUAGCAGAACUGGAGGCUCAUGGAGUUCACGGACCCAGCGACCUGCUGAAAGAUGAACUGACUCAAUCCCUGGAGGAACUGGAGAACUUAUUAAAGGCAAAAGAUGAGGAAAUCCGUAUUCUUCAGAGUAAAAAAUCUGACUACCGAGAGCUGGAGCAGGAGAGACAAGAGGCCAUUCACAGAUUACAGGAGUUAGAGAUGCGUAACAAUGAGCUGGAACGUCGGGUACAGAACACAGAACAGAGUCUCGCCUCCGCACUGGAAGAUCGUGACCGCGCUGAGAGUGAAGUGCAGAGAGUCGUUCAGAUCCUCGAUGUCAAGAUAUUUGAUCUGAAUGACCUUCGACAGAGUCUGGUUAAGCUGAUCAGUAAAUAAAUCAUCUGAUCUGAGACCUAACCGCUGCAGAAAGCACAUCAUCUACUACAGUCUAAAUGAACAUUUCUGCACAAUGCAUUAUAUACCUAUGUCGCUUUCUUUCUUUUUCUUUUUUUUCAUUUGAUUUUCACUGAAUUAAAGUUUUAUUUAUUUAAGUACAGCAAUAAACAUCAGUAGGGGGAGGAUGAUGCAUCUGAGAAAACAAAUACUGAUGGUAUAUUUUUACACAUUGGUGUAUGAGCGUAGAAGAGUUUAUUCUUGAUAUACACUACACUGUUAGUUGAAAACUCUUUUGUGUCACACUUGAUGUUUUGUAUCAGAUUUCAGCAGGCAGUGAGUGAACAAUAUUAACUUGAUACUAACAAUACUGUAAAAAUGAUUGAUCAGUAUUAUUUUUCAGCUACUAACAUAUUGCUUAAUUGUUUUUAUUUUGAAACAUGUUAGGUUUUGCCUGUUUUAGCUACAGAGACGGUUUACUGCUUAAGAAAAAUCAUUGAUGAGCGUUUGUUUAAUUUAUUGAUAGUUUUGUUCUUUAGCGUCAGUAUUUUUUCUGUGUGUUUUCUAUUGGAGUGGAUGUGAUCUGCAUCACAGCUGGGUGCUUGUAAACCAAAGACCAGCUUGAAUGUGACUGUCAAACACCUUUGUGCAAUAUCAAGAACAGCUUUGACUUUAGCAGAAAUAUACAAUUAGGUAGGAAAAACUGUAGUAUGUAAAGAAAUCCCUCAAGCUCAUGGGGAAUUUAUACUCUCGAGUAACUCCAUUGGGAUUGCUUGGAUGCUGUCAUUUUAAAUGACAGCUCAGCUAAAGACAUAAUGGUUAUACUCUUAUGUGACUUUAACUACAGUAUUAAAAGUGCUAACAGUUAUAACAUAAUCCAUCACAGUUAGGCACAAACAAGAACGACAAAUUUGUAUUUGUGUGCUUUUUUAUGCAGUUGAUGUAGGGUAAAAUCAGGUAAUAACCACACUUUUAUAUUUAUUUGACAAUGCCGUUCUUUCAGUAUGUGUACUGCUUUAUAGUCUUAACAGUGAGCACGUGUUAUGAUUCAGAGAAAGUUUAAGCACAUCAUGAGAUGCCAUCAUAUCGGCUUGAAUUUCAAAGAAUAAUGCAAGUCUUGAUUUUUUUCACAAGCCCAAAUGGUCCAGAUAUAAGCUUUGGCAGGCAUGUCGAUAAAACUAGACUUAAAUCAUUUAUACUGAACAACUAAAGCAACAAGUCCAAGUAUUCAACAACAAACAUUGUCUCGGUUAACAUAAAAGACAAUCUCAGAAUAAAUGAAUAUC